CGGAAGGAGGCUCUCCGACGUGGGGGAGGAGCCACAAAGGGGAUUGUGGGAGAAAGGCUUCUUCCUUUCCGUCUGACGGCGGCCAUCAGGUGAGCCGACAUGGGUGCCUACAAGUACAUCCAGGAGCUGUGGAGGAAGAAGCAGUCGGACGUGAUGCGCUUCCUGCUGCGGGUGCGCUGCUGGCAAUACCGGCAGCUGUCGGCGCUGCACCGGGCGCCCCGCCCCACCCGGCCGGACAAAGCGCGCAGGCUGGGCUACAAGGCCAAGCAAGGUUACGUCAUAUACAGGAUUCGUGUUCGCCGCGGUGGCCGCAAGCGCCCUGUUCCUAAGGGUGCAACCUACGGCAAGCCUGUCCAUCACGGUGUCAACCAGCUCAAGUUCGCCCGGAGCCUUCAGUCUGUGGCCGAGGAGAGAGCUGGACGCCACUGUGGGGCCUUGAGAGUCCUGAACUCUUACUGGGUUGGCGAAGACUCCACAUACAAGUUCUUUGAGGUUAUCCUCAUCGAUCCAUUCCACAAAGCGAUCAGGAGAAAUCCUGACACCCAGUGGAUCACCAGACCAGUCCACAAGCACAGGGAGAUGCGUGGGCUGACAUCUGCAGGCCGUAAGAGCCGUGGCCUUGGAAAGGGCCACAAGUUCCACCACACUAUUGGUGGUUCUCGCCGCGCAGCCUGGAGGCGGCGCAACACUCUGCAGCUCCACCGUUACCGCUAAUACAAGUCGUGUUUGUAAAAUUCAUACCCAAUAAACAACUUAGGACAGUCACGUCUGCUUAAAGGUGUUAUUUGUCUGUUAAAAUUAGUCUCAGAUCAUUUCAUGAGUGCUUUGUGGAAUUAUAGCAGUUAAGGUGCAAUAAUGUUGAAGGCGAGUGAUGGUGUGUCUCGUUUCUAAUCAGAACUGCUGUGGUUCGGUUUUCUUACUAGGAGUUACAUGUGCUGUGUUGACAUGCUGUGAGGUGUCGUAGAUGUAAAAUAUAGAGUGCUGAACUAGCCUGUAGACUUGCUUGGUGCAUGUGGUAGCAGUGCAGUGUUCUGGCUUCAAGUGGCUGCUUGCUGGGAGUUUGACAAGUACAAAGUUAGGGUUGGAUUUUGCUUAGAAAUGCAUAGGCAUGAGAUGCUUUCCCAGCCUGUGUCGUGAUACUGGUAGGGAGGUGAGAUCAACUGCCACCUAUGUGAAACAUUGAGUCCAGUUUUCCAUUUGUCCAGCUGCUGCCUCUGAAAGUAGUUUCAAAAAUGCCACUGUUAAGAACCAGGUGAGGUGAACUUGUAAGAAGUCUCUCCCAAAUAAAUUU